CACAUUGCUAGCAAAGUCUGUGGGUGGUUGGUGCAUAUCUCAUCUUCUUCUUCUUCCUUGCUUCCUCACACAUAUCUCAUCCUUUUAGCUCAGAGAGAGAGAGAGAGAGAGAGAGAGAGAGAGAUGGGGAAUUGCCAAGCCAUUGAUGCAGCAACACUAGCGGUACAGCACCCAAGUGGGAAAGUGGACACCUUUUAUUGGCCUAUGAGUGCUAAUGAGAUCAUGAAGAUGAACCCUGGUCACUAUGUUGCUCUUCUCAUCUCCACCUCCUUGUGUCCAUCCAACAAUGGCAGGGAAGACAACUCCCAGGUUAAGAACAAGAAUAGCAACAAAAACCUGUUGCAGGUUCGUUUAACUAAGAUUAAGCUUCUCCGGCCGACAGAAACUCUUGUUCUUGGCCAAGUUUACAGACUCAUCACCACUCAAGAGGUUAUGAAAGGCUUGUGGGAAAAGAAGCAAGCAAAGAUGAUGAAAAACCAGUCAGAAUCAGCAGAGAUGCCAGAGAGGGUAAAAGAUAAGCCCAAAUCUCGACCGGAGACAGCAGCUAGAAAUCAUGUGACAACACAUGAGAGAGAAAGACAGGGAUCAAGGACAGUAGUUGCAUCAUCAACUACCUCUGCCACAGCCAGGCCAAGAACAUGGCAACCAUCCUUAAAAAGCAUCUCAGAGGCUGCAAGUUGACCUUGUUUUCAAAAUCCUGCGAGAAAGACAGUGGAGCUGUGAAUUCCUAGAUGACCUUUCAAAUCAGUGAAAAAAAUUUCAGAUAUCAAUAACUUCUUUUGUCAUUUGCUGAUCUGGGUAAUGCAUAGUUGUGCAUAGUAAAGGGGGUACAUAUCCAGCAUCAGUGUAAUCUAAGUGUGCUUCUGAAAUGAAAUUAGACUCCCAUGUUAUAGAUAA